AUGGCCGCUGCGCGUUCGUUAUGGAUUCAUUUUCCGAAGAAUACAACCUUUUUUUCUCGAGUUACAAGGUUCACGGACUCUGUUUGGAUCGUGGUGAUCCUGAUGGUUUGUUGGGUUCGCGACACCGCCUACGGGUCCAACGUUCUCUUAGCGACGAUGGGCGGCACGAAGUCGCAUACCGUGCCCUUCGUCGCCCUCGGCAACAGUUUGAAGGCCCGGGGUCACAACGUGACCCUGAUGAGCGCGUUUCCUGGCCCCGCCUCGAACAACGGCCUGCAGGAGCUCGUCCCGCCCAUCUUCGAGGCUUAUGUUGGGAAUUACACGUCGGAAUGGGACCUGGUGGGUGCAAGAUUCCGCGACGAAAUGCCUAUCUCACCAUGGGAUGCAAUGCGAUAUGCCUGGGAGGCUUGCGAGGCGCUUCUCGGAGACGAACAAUCCGUUUCCUGGUUGAGAAAACCGGACGGGAAUCCUCGUGCUCGAUGGGAUGUCGCGGUCGUCGACGGAGCCUACCCCGAGUGCCUUCUGGGAGUCCUCCACGGGGAAAAUGUGCCCACGAUAAUGCUGAACACGGUUGCCUUGUAUAGCGGUUCGAUAGCACUCCAAGGUAAUCCGUCGCCAUGGUCGGUCACUCCAUACUUUGGCAAAUCCUUUACGCAGGAUAUGAACUUUUUUCAAAGGGUUUUAAACGCCGCUUGCCUGGUCACGCUAAAAAUCAUGCAUUGGAUUAUGAUUACAGGGUAUAUUCAACCUGUUCUGCGGAAAUAUUUGGGUGAUCAAUUGCCCGAUGUACGAGACCUGACAACAGAGAUACCACUCACGUUACAAAACAGUCACUAUAGCGUUGCUGACUCUCUUCCCUAUUUGACGAACGUCGUGAACGUUGCUUGCCUUCAUUGUAAUCCAGCAACAAAACUCAGCACCGAGCUGGAGACGUUCUUGCAACGGGGUUUCAUUUUCGUUUCGAUGGGUUCGUCGGUUCGCGCGUCGGGUAUGCCGGAGGCUCUUCGUCAGACCUUCGUGGCAGCUUUUGCCACGCUCCCCUAUAACGUCGUGUGGAAAUGGGAAGCCGGGAAGAUCAAAGAUCUACCGUCGAACGUCCGAACGGCGGCUUGGUGGCCGCAGCAAGAUCUACUCGGGCACGCAAAGCUUCAAGCGUUCGUCUCUCACGGCGGCCUGCUGUCUCUCCACGAGGCCGCUUAUCACGGCGUCCCGACGCUCGUCCUGCCAGUCUUCUGCGAUCACGAUGGGAACGCUGCCCAAGCUGAGAAAUUAGGCUACGCUCUCGUGAUGAAUCUGGCGAGCAUAUCGAUCGGAAAUCUCCGCGAAGGCAUCCUCGAGGUGGCGGCCGCUCACAACAAUUCGUAUCGGAUGGCAGCGAAAAAGAGGAGCUCGUUACUACGAGAGUUGCCAAUUAGCCCCAGGAGAUUAGCGACCUGGUGGGUGGAGCACGUUAUCGAGUACAAAGGAGCCGAACAUCUGAAAAGUUCUACAAGAUACAUGAGCGUCGUCCAUUAUUACUCCAUCGAUGUCGUGAUGUUUUACGGGAUGAUGUUGAUGGUACUAGUGUACGGAUUGAAAAAGUUAUGCUGGAGGACGAUAUCCAAACAAGUUGUUAUUAAAAAGAAACUAGACUGAACUGCACUUACAGUGUCUUGCGUGAACUUUUUAUGUAUUUAUUGUGUUUUAUGUAUAUUGUAAUCGAUAGGAAUCCCAAACUUCGAAUGUAAUGC